CGCCUCUCUCUCUCUCUCUCUCUCUCUCUCUCGUGAAUGCUAAAUACAGCAGCGCCCCUUCGAGUUCGAUCUCUCCCAUCCUCCAAAAUUAGCUAAGCAAACCCUAAUUCGAUCUCGCGUUGUCGCGUAAAGGCGAAAGCUUUCGCCAUUUUUGAUCUCUAUUCUCCUUUUUUCCUCUCCCAUUGGAUCGAGAAAAAGAGGGGUUUCCGAAGGGGAUCGAGAGGGGUUCGAGCGAGCGAGAUGUACAACGGCAUGAUGGAUCCCGAGUUGAUGAGGCUCGCGCAGGAGCAGAUGAGUCGGAUCCCCCCCGAGGAGCUCGCCAAGAUCCAGCAACAGAUGAUGUCCAACCCUGAGCUUCUAAGAUUAGCAACAGAGGGUAUGAAAAAUUUGAGGACAGAAGACGUCAAACGUGCUGCCGAACAGUUAAAACAUACCAGACCAGAGGAUAUGGUUGAGAUAAGCGAGAAAAUCUCUAAGGCUAAACCUGAGGAGAUAGCAGCAAUGAAGGCCCAUGCAGACGCCCAGAUCUCUUAUGAGCUAAAUGGGGCCAAAAUGCUGAAGCAGCAGGGCAAUGAGCUUCAUAGCCGAGGUCAAUAUGAAGAUGCUGCUGAAAAGUACAUGCUUGCAAAAAACAACUUGAAAAGCAUCCCCCCAUCGUCAGGACAGAUGCUCCAGCUGCAAUGCUCUCUUAACCUAAUGUCUUGUUACCUAAAAACUAGGCAGUUCGAGGAAUGCAUCAAGGAAGGUUCAGAGGUCCUGGCCUAUGACUUGGAGAAUAUCAAAGCUCUUUAUCGCAGAGGUCAAGCAUAUAAAGAAUUAGGAAAGUUAGAGGCUGCUGUUGCUGACUUAAAAAAGAGUCAUGAAAUUUCUCCUGAUGAUGAAACAAUUGCUGAUGCUUUUAGAGAUGCCAACGAAAAACUGAUGAGGGAAGGUAAAAAUAGGAGCACAUCUCAAGGUGUGGUUAUUGAAGAGAUAGUGGAAGACGAAGUAUCAGCACCAUCAAGAUGUCAUGAAGGUUCGUCUGUGGAGGAGUAUUCUGUUACACAGGCUGUUGAAUCUGCAGAGAGCUCUAGUGCAAGCAGCUCGUCACCUGAUACUCCUGUUUUCUCAGAGCAUUUGAAUAGCUUCAGAGAUGAUCCCUCUGCUAUCAGGUCAUUCCAAAAUUAUGUCUCCAAUGCAAAUCCCGAUACUCUGGCACAACUGGGCAUGCAAGGAAUGUCACCUGAUCUCGUCAAAACAGCCCAAGACAUGCUUAGCACGAUGAAGCCCGAAGAGCUUCAGCAAAUGUUUCAGGUUGCUUCGUCCUUAAAAGAAAAAGGCCCGUAUGGUCCUAAAUUGGGAAACAAUAUCCCUGAAAUGACACCUGAAAUGGUCAAGAUGGCAUCCAAUACAAUCAGUAAGAUGUCCCCUGAUGAGCUUCAGAAGAUGCUUAAAAUGGCUUCUUCUUUGGGUGUAAAUGCCCCCCAAAGAUCAGAGAGUGCUUCUCAGUCACUGGCUUCUUCUUCUGAAAGCCCUUCCGCAGGACCAUAUGAUAGUAGGGAUAAUAUUUCUGAUGAAUCGCUGUUUAGUCAAAGAAUGGGUGAAUCAUCAUCAAGCACUUCGACUUCAGCAGCUGAUUUACAAGAAACCAUGAGGAAUUCCAUGAAAGAUCCAGCAAUGCGGCAGAUGUUUGCAAGUAUGAUGAAGAAUAUGAGCCCGGAUAUGAUGGCAAACAUGAGUGAACAAUUUGGUAUGAAGAUGUCAAAGGAGGACGCUGCAAAAGCUCAACAAGCCAUGUCAGCAUUGUCUCCGGCUGACUUGGAUAGGAUGCUAAGGUGGGCGGAAAAGGCACAACGGGGAGUCGAAACCGUGAAGAAGACGAAGAACUGGGUUUUGGGCCGACCGGGUUUGAUCCUCGCCAUCGUGAUGUUGGUCCUUGCGUUCAUCCUUCAUCGGCUAGGUUUUAUCGGCGGAUGAUCACCUGCGCAACUUGCUCUCGCCACUUCCACUUGACAAAUCCGCGCUGUGGCUUGCCAUAAUUUCUGGAUAUGAAGCACUUAAUUGUAAAGUUAUAACCUAUAACUGUUCUUGGUGAAUGGUGCCUAUCAAACUAAAUUCCUACGAGCCGCAUUUCUGGUCGCGCUUAAUCAAGGAAAGGUUGUCUUUGAUUGAUAUCGCUCGUACCUGCUAUAUUUUAAAUUUGUGUAACCAAACUUAAAAGUGACGGAAAAAGACUUAAAGAGUUCUUGUAAUAAUUUAGAUUCGCCUUAAAAGGGUAAGCCACCCAGUUUAAGAACAGUUUUGGUAAUUCUCCAACUCUUAAAUUGAGCAGUAGCUCUAUUCUUUUCUCUUGCGGCUUACUUUUGUGUGAUUUCUGUACUGCCUGACAAUUUGUUGUACAUCAAAAUUAUUUGUUCAUGUUAGUUCAUCUGUUUCAUCAAAA